GGAAGGGGAUAUGCCAAAUCUUCCUAGUGAAAACGGCCACUGUGUCUUUAAGCGUCCGGACAUCCCGGGAGUGAGACUGAGCCGGCCCUAUCCCAACUUGCUCCUGGGGGAGAAGUGCACCUUAGCUACUGUUGCCAGGAGACAGUGGCCUGGUGGAGAGAAUCUGUUGUGGAGCUGUGCUUUGGAAUGACAGUUUCAGGAUGAGUCACCAAGGGUAUGUGGCCACACCCCCCUACUCCCAGUCGCAGCCUGGAAUUGGCCUGUCUCCACCUCACUAUGGACACUACGGGGACCCAUCGCAUGCAGCUUCCCCACCAGGAAUGAUGAAGCCAGCAGGACCUCUUGGAGCUGCUGCUGGCAUGAUAUUGCCUCCGGGUCCCCCACCUCCUGGAUCUCAUCAGUUUGGCCAGAAUGGAGGGCAGGCCUCCGCUCAUCCUUCCCAAAGAUUUCCAGGCCCUCCACCUGUCAGUAAUGCGGCUUCCUCUUACGCACCGUACCAACCAUCUCCACAGUCGUCUUAUCCGAGUCCUGUGUCCACUUCGUCCAUUACCCAACUGGGCAGUCAGUUGGGUGCUAUGCAAAUCAACAGCUAUGGAUCCGGUGUGGCUCUUCCCAGCCAGGGGCCACCUGGCCCUCCAUCAUCAUCAUCAUUCCAGGGUCCUCUGCGACCUCCACAGCCAUCCAUUUUGCAGCCUGGAUCUCAAGUUCUGCCGCCACCACCUACCACACUAAAUGGCCCUGGGACCUCAGUUGCUCCUCCAGCAGCCCAGUUCCAACCCCCUCCUCUUCCGGGCCAGGCCAUGGGCCCUGGAUUACCUCCACAGCAUGCCAACUAUGGUCCCCAGAUGGCAGGCGCACAACUUUCCUACCCAGGAGGCUUCCCCGGAGGUCCUGCGCAGAUGGCAGGUCCCCCACAGCCCCAGAAGAAGCUGGAUCCUGACUCCAUCCCCAGCCCAAUCCAGGUGAUUGAGAAUGAUAGAGCCACCAGAGAAGGACAAGUUUAUGCCACCAACACAAGAGGCCAAGUCCCUCCCCUCGUCACCACAGAUUGUGUGAUACAAGACCAAGGCAAUGCUAGCCCUCGAUACAUCCGUUGCACCACAUACUGUUUCCCAUGCACGUCAGAUAUGGCCAAGCAAGCUCAGAUUCCAUUAGCUGCUGUCAUCAAACCUUUUGCCACAAUUCCUCCAAAUGAGACUCCCCUCUACUUGGUGAAUCACGGAGAGAAUGGGCCAGUGAGAUGCAACAGAUGCAAGGCCUACAUGUGCCCGUUCAUGCAGUUCAUCGAAGGAGGAAGGAGGUACCAGUGUGGAUUUUGCAACUGUGUGAAUGAUGUUCCACCAUUCUAUUUCCAACAUCUGGACCACAUUGGAAGAAGACUGGACCACUAUGAGAAGCCAGAGUUAUCUCUAGGAUCUUAUGAAUAUGUUGCUACUUUGGAUUAUUGCAGAAAGAACAAGCCUCCCAACCCACCAGCCUUUAUCUUCAUGAUUGAUGUUUCAUAUAGCAACAUAAAGAAUGGACUUGUCAAGCUCAUAUGUGAAGAACUGAAGACUGUGCUAGAACAGCUUCCGAAAGAGGAGCAAGAAGAGACAUCUGCAAUCCGUGUUGGUUUUAUCACAUAUAACAAAGUCCUCCAUUUCUUCAAUGUGAAGAGCAAUUUGGCUCAGCCCCAGAUGAUGGUGGUGACUGAUGUUGGAGAAGUCUUUGUGCCUUUGUUGGAUGGGUUCCUUGUCAAUUAUCAAGAAUCCCAAGCUGUGAUUCACAAUUUAUUGGACCAGAUUCCAGAGAUGUUUGCAGAUUCCAAUGAAAAUGAGACUGUUUUUGCUCCAAUCAUCCAGGCUGGCAUGGAGGCCCUCAAGGCAGCAGAGUGUCCAGGAAAACUGUUCAUUUUCCAUUCGUCCUUGCCAACUGCUGAAGCCCCAGGGAAGCUCAAAAACCGAGAUGACAAAAAGCUGGUUAAUACAGACAAGGAGAAGAUACUCUUCCAGCCCCAGACCAAUGUCUACGACUCGCUGGCCAAGGACUGCGUGGCCCACGGCUGCUCCGUGACCCUCUUUCUCUUCCCCAACCAGUAUGUGGAUGUGGCCUCUUUGGGCCUUGUUCCUCAGCUCACCGGGGGAACGCUUUACAAAUACAACAGUUUCCAGAUGCACUUGGAUAGGCAACAAUUCUUGAACGACCUCAGAAAUGAUAUUACGAAGAAAAUAGGCUUUGAUGCUAUUAUGAGGGUUCGUACCAGCACAGGUUUCAGAGCCACUGAUUUCUUUGGUGGGAUCUAUAUGAACAACACUACUGAUGUAGAGAUGGCAGCCAUUGACUGUGACAAGGCAGUGACUGUGGAGUUCAAGCACGAUGACAAACUUAGUGAGGACACUGGCGCUUUGAUCCAGUGUGCUCUGCUCUACACCACCAUCAGUGGUCAGAGGAGACUUCGGAUUCACAACCUUGGCUUAAACUGCAGCUCACAGUUGGCUGAUCUGUACAAGAGCUGUGAGACGGAUGCUCUCAUCAACUUCUUUGCCAAGUCAGCUUUUAAAGCAGUUCUGCACCAGCCUUUGAAGGUCAUUCGGGAAAUUCUAGUUAACCAGACUGCCCAUAUGUUGGCGUGUUACCGAAAGAAUUGUGCAAGUCCAUCUGCAGCAAGCCAGCUUAUUCUACCAGAUUCCAUGAAAGUCUUCCCUGUGUACAUGAACAGUUUAUUAAAAAACUGUGUGCUGCUCAGCAGACCCGAGAUCUCCACGGAUGAGCGGGCAUACCAGCGACAGCUGGUCAUGACCAUGGGCGUGGCGGACUCCCAGCUUUUCUUCUACCCACAACUCCUGCCCAUACACACGUUGGAUGUGAAGAGCACGGGGCUGCCGGCUGCUGUCCGCUGCUCUGAGUCCCGCCUCUCAGAGGAAGGCAUCUUCCUCCUGGCUAAUGGCCUCAACAUGUUCUUGUGGCUGGGAGUCAGCAGCCCACCCGAACUGAUCCAAGGAAUAUUUAAUGUGCCAUCUUUUGCACACAUCAAUACAGACAUGACAUCACUACCUGAAGUGGGAAACCCACUCUCUCAACAACUCAGAAUGAUAAUGAGCAUUAUCCAGGAAAAGAAGCCAUAUUCCAUGAAGCUCCUGAUAGUGAAGCAGCGAGAGCAGCCAGAGAUGGUCUUCCGGCAGUUCCUGGUGGAGGACAAAGGACUUUAUGGAGGGCCGUCUUACAUGGAUUUCCUUUGUUGCGUUCACAAGGAGAUCUGUCAGCUGCUGAAUUGAUGCAAGCUUCCCUGUCCCAACAUUGCAUUCCUAAGAAGACAAUCUCCGUCUUGGUGCCUAACUUUGCAGAUGAUAACAGACUAGUUUUGAUUUCUUGUUCAUUCUCAGAAUGGCUUUCCAGGAUGGCAUUUAGAACUUCAGCCCUGGUGCUCAGGUACAAAGCCAGUGAGGGUACAGCUGUACCAUAAAGGGAACAGUCUAUUUCUGAUUGCACAACUUUGUCAUUUUUUAAACUGGUGUAGUUUGCAUUUCAUGAAGAGCAUAGUUUACAGGACUGAAACAUUCUCAGUUUUCCUUCUUUGAGCUAGACAUAUAAAUUAUUUUUCAAACUGUAAAGAUUUGGGAAAAAGUUGUUGUCUUGGUUCCUCUCCCAUUUGCAGUGAGGGCAAACAACUUAAUUUUUACAUUAUAAUUUUUUAAAACCAUGUAAGUCCAUUGAAUUUCUCAGCUGAAGGUUUGCACAGCAGACUUUUAAUAACCUUGGACUCUUUCUGAUGGAACAAUUUGUGUUCUGCAUUUUUCCAUAAUUAUAUGUUAUGUAUGCUAAAACAAGUUUCCAGUUGUCUAUAAAACUCUUUAUCAAUAUUCUUGAUGCCUCUUUGUACAAUAUCGAAGGUUUCUACCUGUAUAUAAUGGAUCUUAACCAAGAUCAAUAAAUCACUUCAUGUACUCUUACUUGGCAGGUAGAAUUAUUCCUUUUCAAAAUUUAUUUUGAAAUUCUAAAACAAAAUAAGGAUGGUACCCAAAAUAUCUUGGCCAAAAAAAAAAAAAAGUUCUUUGAAUGGAUCACAAAGAGCAAAUCAGGAACACAAAAUUUUCUUUGUUAAAUGCAGUUUUAGGUAAUAAAUAUAGAAGACACAAGAGACUGUAUGCCUGACGAAGGCAUGUGACAAGUUCCCUACCAUAUGCCCGUGAGCAAAAUAGGAACGGGCUACAUGUGGCCAACAUGAAUGAAUAUAGGAGACUAACCUGGAGUGGUGCAGCACAGGUGUGCCUGGCCUGUUUGACUCUGGUACUAAUGAUAUGAAUAAUAACAAUAACUAAAAGCAUUUUGCAUAUGCACCACAUCCCAAGAACCACACCGUGUCAGGUGAACAUCUGUACACUUAUUCGUACAGCAACCCUAAUCCUAUGGCCAGCCUCCUCACCCAUGGAGACAAAGCCCUAAAGCACUGUAGUGCCUCAUGUGUUGCUACAUCAUCAGUAAGGUCUAUUUACACAUGAGUAGAUGUCAUGAAGUAAAAUAACAAAUAUACUGAGACACUUAAAACCCCUUUUACAGUAGCCUGUUGACUGAGGGCAGGUUAGAAACCUCUGAAUAAAUGUAAAGGACUUAGAAUGGUGCCCAACACACUGUAAAUGCUAUUAAACUUGCUAAGAAUCUUGAAAAGUACGACAAGCUGACUCCUCCAAGUGUAGCUGCUGCUAUGCCAAGAAUACCAUGGUGAAAUCCUAAAAUUCAAGCAGCUCUCUUCUCAUACUAUAGAAAUGUCCA